AUGUCUUCCCCUCAGCCAAACCCAACAAUCCAAUCCCUCGCCACCCGCAUCAAAACCGGCCAAAUAACCCGCAUAGUCGUCCUAACAGGCGCAGGAAUCAGCACAUCAGCCGGAAUCCCCGACUUCCGAUCCCCAACAACAGGCCUAUACGACAAACUAGCACCACUCAACCUACCAUACCCAGAAGCCCUCUUCCACAUAAGCUACUUCUCGCACUCACCAGAACCAUUCUACGCCAUCGCCCGCGCACGCCACCCGGCAAACCUCAAACCAACUCUCUCCCACGCAUUCCUAGCCCUACUGGCCAAAAAGAAUAUACUCCACUUCCUCUUCACGCAGAAUGUCGACAACCUGGAAGAAAAAGCCGGUAUUCCGGCUGAGAAAGUUCUCGCUGUCCAUGGGAGUUGGAAAAGUCAGCAUUGUUGGACGUGCAAGGCUUCAUACCCGGAUGAACUUAUGGAGAAAGCCAUCAAUGCCGGCGAAGUCCCGUACUGUCUGGAAGCAGGCUGCGGUGGGGCGAUAAAGCCAGACGUGGUGUUCUUCGGCGAGAAUUUACCGUCUGCAUUCGAUGAGAAGAUUCACCUUAUAUCCGAGGCGGAGUGCAUGCUUGUUUUGGGGACUAGUUUGCGGGUAGCGCCUUGCUCGACGAUACCGAGACAGAUAGCAGCUGGUGUGCCCAGGGUGUUGAUUAAUAUGGAGAAGGCGGGGGAUUUGGGCUCCAGGGAGGAUGAUGUGCUUCUUUUAGGGUCUUGUGAUGAGGGGGGUUUGUCAGUUUGCGGAUGCGCUUGGGUGGAGGGAUGA